GUCACCCCGGCCCCGCCCGACCCUCCUGCAGCAGGACCCGAGUGGAGCAGAGCAGCGGGGCAGCAGGCCAGGCCGGAUCAGGGGAAACUGAGGCCGAGCCCGAGACCAGGGUCCCGGAGACAUGUUCCUGGUUAAUUCAUUCCUGGGCGGGAAGGGCGGCGGGGGCGCAGGCAGAGCUCUCGGGGGGCUGCUCAGCGGAGGCGGCGGCGGCGGCGGCGGCGGAGGCAUCGGCAAUGUCAUCGGGGGGCUGCUCAGCGGGGGCGGCGGCGGCGGCGGCGGCGGAGGGGCGGGGGGCGCCAUGGGCAUCCUAGGCGGCGUCAUCAGCGCCAUCAGUGAAGCUGCAGCCAAUUAUAACCCAGAACCCCCGCCCCCUCGAUCCCACUUCUCCCACAUCGAGGCCAAUGAGAGCGAGGAGGUCCGGCAGUUCAGGAGGCUCUUUGCCCAGCUGGCAGGAGACGACAUGGAAGUCAGUGCCUCUGAACUCAUGAACAUCUUAAACAAGGUGGUGACUCGACACCCUGACCUGAAGACUGACGGUUUUGGCCUCGACACUUGUCGGAGCAUGGUGGCCGUCAUGGACAGCGAUACCACCGGCAAACUUGGCUUUGAGGAGUUUAAGUACCUUUGGAACAACAUAAAGAAAUGGCAGGCCAUCUACAAACAGUACGACAUAGAUCGCUCAGGGACCAUUGGCAGCAAUGAGCUUCCAGGAGCCUUUACAGCUGCAGGCUUCCAGCUCAGCCCAGAGCUGUACCAGAUGAUCAUUCGGCGAUACUCCGACGAGGACGGGAAUAUGGAUUUUGACAACUUCAUCAGCUGUCUUGUGCGCCUGGACGCCAUGUUCCGUGCCUUCAAGUCUCUGGACAAGGAUGGCAGUGGGCAGAUCCGGGUAAACAUCCAAGAGUGGCUGCAGCUGACCAUGUACUCCUGAGGCCUGUGCGUCUGUCCACCUGACUGGUCAUCGGCCCCUCUCCACCACCCAGGACAGCGAUUGCCAGGAAGCUGCCCUCCCCCUCCCCUGUAGUUCUGUGGAUCUCAGCCCAACAGGGAACCCUCUGGCACUGCACCGGCCCCACCAGCCAAUGAGGCUGUUAUUCCUGGGGUGCCCCUCCUACCCCCGCCUGUACAAACAUGGCCACCACCAAGGAGCCCCUGCUCCCCACUCACCCACACCCCUGCCUCCCAGCUCCGGAAUGUGCCAACCAGCCACAUGCUCCCCCCCAGCACCCCUGCAAACAUGUCACAUGCUUUAACACGCCAGCCACAUGCUUCCCAGCCUCCUUAGAAAUACUUAUGCUCUAAUGUGCUGUCUCUCCCCCAGUUCCACCCCCACACCUGUAAACAUGUCACGUGCUCUAACACACCUACCAUUGCCCCCAGAUGCCCACAAAUACAUGUUACGUGCUUUCACACAGCCAGGUGCCAUCACGUGCUGCCCCCAUGGGGUUCAUCUGGUAUCUAGUGCCUUUUCCCACUCCCCCUGUGCUUCAGCCCCCUCCCCUUCUCUGGGUGGGCCUGGGAGCAGGGGGCGGGGCCCAAAAUAAACAGUGGUCACAAGA